AGCUCGCUAGUGGCAAUGCCGGUGAUGAUACUCAGGGGUCCAUUCAGUGUUGUGCGACGAUGUAUCAACAGAGAAACUGGGCAACAAUUUGCUGUCAAGAUUGUCGAUGUAGCAAAAUUCACCUCAAGUCCUGGUUUAAGUACGGAAGAUCUGAAGAGGGAAGCCAGUAUCUGUCACAUGCUGAAGCAUCCCCAUAUUGUUGAAUUGUUGGAGACCUACAGUUCAGAUGGAAUGCUUUAUAUGGUGUUCGAAUUUAUGGAUGGAGCAGAUCUGUGUUUUGAAAUUGUAAAGAGAGCAGAUGCUGGUUUUGUAUACAGUGAAGCUGUAGCCAGUCAUUACAUGAGACAGAUACUGGAAGCUCUACGUUACUGUCAUGAUAAUAACAUAAUUCACAGGGAUGUAAAGCCACACUGCGUGCUACUUGCUUCAAAGGAGAAUUCAGCGCCUGUAAAGCUUGGUGGUUUUGGGGUAGCUAUUCAGUUAGGGGAGUCUGGACUAGUAGCUGGAGGACGUGUAGGAACACCUCAUUUUAUGGCCCCAGAAGUAGUAAAAAGAGAACCCUAUGGGAAGCCUGUAGAUGUUUGGGGUUGUGGAGUGAUCCUUUUUAUUCUACUAAGUGGCUGUUUGCCUUUUUAUGGAACCAAGGAAAGAUUAUUUGAAGGCAUUAUUAAAGGAAAAUAUAAGAUGAAUCCCAGGCAAUGGAGCCAUAUCUCUGAAAGUGCCAAAGAUCUGGUACGUCGCAUGCUUAUGCUGGAUCCAGCUGAAAGGAUAACAGUUUAUGAGGCACUGAAUCAUCCUUGGCUGAAGGAGAGGGAUCGUUAUGCAUACAAGAUUCAUCUUCCAGAAACAGUAGAGCAACUGAGGAAAUUCAAUGCAAGAAGGAAACUAAAGGGAGCAGUACUAGCAGCAGUAUCAAGCCACAAAUUCAAUUCUUUCUAUGGGGAUCCCCCUGAAGAGCUGCCAGACUUCUCUGAAGACCCUACCUCCUCAGGACUUCUAGCAGCAGAAAGAGCAGUCUCACAGGUGCUGGACAGCCUGGAGGAAAUUCACGCACUUACAGACUGCAGUGAAAAAGACUUAGAUUUUCUACACAGUGUUUUUCAGGAUCAGCACCUUCACACACUACUAGAUCUUUAUGACAAAAUUAACACAAAAUCUUCACCGCAAAUCAGGAAUCCUCCAAGUGAUGCUGUACAGAGAGCCAAAGAGGUAUUGGAAGAAAUUUCAUGUUACCCAGAGAACAAUGAUGCAAAAGAGCUAAAGCGUAUUUUAACACAACCUCAUUUCAUGGCCUUACUUCAAACUCAUGAUGUAGUGGCACAUGAAGUUUACAGUGACGAAGCAUUGAGAGUUACGCCUCCUCCCACCUCUCCAUAUUUAAACGGAGAUUCUCCAGAGAGCGCCAAUGGUGACAUGGAUAUGGAGAAUGUAACACGAGUGCGACUGGUACAGUUCCAGAAGAACACAGAUGAACCAAUGGGAAUCACUUUAAAAAUGAAUGAGCUGAACCAUUGCAUUGUUGCAAGAAUUAUGCAUGGAGGAAUGAUUCACAGGCAAGGUACCCUCCAUGUAGGAGAUGAAAUCAGAGAAAUAAAUGGAAUCAGUGUAGCAAAUCAAACAGUAGAACAACUUCAAAAAAUGCUUAGGGAAAUGCGGGGGAGCAUCACAUUCAAGAUUGUACCAAGUUAUCGCACUCAGUCUUCGUCUUGUGAGCAGAUCUCUUCGUGCAUUUCUCAUGGCAUGAGGGGGACAGGCUGCCAGAUCUUGCUCAUCCAUGAUAAGAGAGAUUCCCCCUCUACAUCCAGACAGUCCCCAGCUAAUGGUCAUAGCAGCACUAACAAUUCUGUUUCGGACUUGCCAUCAACAACACAACCAAAAGGACGACAGAUAUAUGUAAGAGCACAAUUUGAAUAUGAUCCAGCAAAGGAUGACCUCAUCCCCUGCAAAGAAGCUGGCAUCAGAUUUAGAGUUGGAGACAUUAUCCAGAUCAUUAGCAAAGAUGAUCACAACUGGUGGCAGGGUAAACUAGAGAACUCCAAAAAUGGUACUGCAGGCCUCAUUCCUUCUCCUGAGCUUCAAGAAUGGCGAGUAGCUUGCAUUGCCAUGGAGAAGACCAAACAAGAGCAGCAGGCCAGCUGUACUUGGUUUGGAAAGAAAAAGAAGCAGUACAAAGACAAAUACUUGGCAAAGCACAAUGCAGUGUUUGAUCAAUUAGAUCUCGUCACAUAUGAAGAAGUAGUAAAAUUGCCAGCAUUCAAAAGGAAAACACUAGUCUUACUAGGUGCACACGGUGUUGGAAGAAGACACAUAAAAAAUACACUCAUCACAAAACACCCAGACAGAUUUGCAUACCCUAUUCCACACACAACCAGACCUCCCAAGAAAGAUGAAGAAAAUGGAAAAAAUUAUUACUUUGUAUCACAUGACCAAAUGAUGCAGGAUAUAUCCAACAAUGAAUAUUUGGAAUAUGGCAGCCAUGAGGAUGCAAUGUAUGGGACAAAACUGGAAACAAUACGGAAGAUCCAUGAGCAGGGACUAAUUGCAAUACUUGAUGUAGAGCCUCAGGCAUUGAAGGUCCUGAGAACUGCAGAAUUUGCUCCUUUUGUUGUUUUUAUUGCUGCUCCUACGAUUACCCCAGGCAUUAAUGAGGAUGAGUCUCUUCAGCGCCUGCAAAAGGAGUCUGAAAUCUUACAGAGAACAUAUGCACACUACUUUGAUCUAACAAUUAUCAACAAUGAAAUUGAUGAAACAAUCAGGCAUCUGGAGGAAGCCAUUGAGCUUGUUUGUACAGCAUCACAGUGGGUUCCAGUCUCCUGGGUCUAUUAGGCCUUUCACCAGAUAACUGAAGAAUUUUGUCAAUACUGGGAACCACCUCAUACAUGGAAAACCUCUUUGUUAUUGACCUUGUGUCAACAGAUCUUGGCCCCUAGAGACUACCUAGAUGUAGUGUGACCUAAAUUUAUAAUUAUUGUCAUGUCCUAAUAGAUAGGAGGAGAAAAAAAUUAAACACUAAUUUAAAGAGACAGUAUCUUUUUUAAUCAGUUCUCCUACACUUUAAUAAAAUGUAUGUUUCAAUAUAUGUAUUAUUCAAUCCUUUGGAAUGUUAUAUUUUUGGAAAUCAUAGCUUUUUAUUUCAAAGGCCCCUAAAACUGCACAAAAUAGAUGCUGCUUUCUAUAAUCUAUUUUAAUUAUAAUAAAAAUGAUUGUUACCUUAACUUGGGGGUGAAACAUGACAUUCUAUUUAGAGUCUGAUUUUAUGGAUAGGGAUACCUUGCUUUCUUUUAUUUAUUUGAAAUAAUUAGUCUAGUGAUUACAAAACGAAUUCAUAAAUUUUAAAGGCCUUUCUUUGCUUUUUUUUUUUAAGAAUAGUAUUUUUAAGUACUUUUAUGUAACAUCCAGAUAAUGUGAUACUGUCUCUUUGAAGAACUCUGUAAACCUUUUAGAGAUUUGAAAUUGGGUCUUGACUCUUAAUGCAUGUGGACAGUCGCAAGCGUUCAUGCCGUUGGUGUAUCUGUGUUGAAAAAAAACCUGUAAUCUACAGCAAAAUACAUUCCGUUCAUGGGAAAAAGUACCCAAGGGAAUAAAAUCAAAUAUUAUUAUGACUAAGUUGUAAACCUAUGCACAUCCCUUGCAUUUUGGGCAACUUUAUAAAAAACUGAUUUUUAUUAAUAAUAAUCAUGUAGUGAAAUGUGUUUGUAAUUUUGUCUCAAUUUAAUUUGUUGUAAGGUGGGCGGGGGAAAUUACUGGUUUCACCAUUUCAGAUCUGUGUUGUCUGAGAGUAUUAACGUUUUAAUUAAGUUGAAGCAAAGAAAUGCUGAUUUUUAAUAUGUAUGUAAUUGUUUAAAAAAUGCACACAUUUUAAGAGAAAAUACUGUGCAAUGAAAAAACCAGUUUAGGCAAUGCGAUAAACUGGCUAUUCCAAAAGACUCAUCUACAACAGCCCUGUAAAUUCCUUAAAAAUGGUAACUGACUCUACAGUCUGACCAAUUUUUUUUAUUUUAAAUAUACUUCCUUUUAUGUGUUCAACAA